AUGGUGAACAAGUCUAGAAAAGAUUGGUCUCUCAAACUUGAUGAUACGCUUUGGGCUCUACGGACGGCUUACAAGACCCCGAUUGGUACUACUCCUUACCGAUUGGUCAAUGGAAAGGCUUGUCAUUUGCCGGUCGAGUUAGAGUACAAAGCUUGGUGGGCGAUCAAAGGGCUCAAUACGGAUAUGACCUUGGCGGGCGAAAAGAGGCUACUUAAGCUCAACGAACUUGAGGAGCUCCGCUAUGAUGCCUAUGAGAACUCGAAACUCUACAAGGAGAGAACCAAGAGAUUGCUUGCUUGUGGUUUGAACUUGGUGAUUUUUGGUUUUGGAGAUUGUUGUAGUGUGAUUAUUGUGAGUGAUUGUUUUGGAAUUGGACUGCAAUUUGAUAUUGGUGACAAUGGUUUUCGGUUCUAA